CAGCAACUUUCCGAUGGCACCCAACAGAAUUCUGGGGGUGAUCAUGGUGGUUUCGAUGAAAAGUUGGGAGGCGGCCCUCGCGGACCAUCGGUCGGCGGUUUUGACGGCCAACAACACUGUCAAGGUGGUCUGCAACAACAUCUGGACGAUGGCCUGGGGGGGGCCACCUGGGGGCUCAACAGCAUCUGGGAGGCGGUCUGGGUGACCAAUCCCACCAGGUAUUCGACCAGGGCUUCGGCGGAGAUCUAGGCGGUGAGCAGCACAUGGUCCAAGGCCAAUUCCAGCAUGGCCUCGACCAUUUAGGAGCUGAUCCCAGUGGUCCCAGUCACUUCGACGACGACCCUGGGGCCGGCGACCCGAAUCAAUCACUGAAAGACGAAGUUUAUCAGCUAUGUCAGCAGUAUAUGGAGGAUCAUGACCGGCAAGAUAUGGACGAUGACGAACAGCAAGACACGUUACACCAUCACGGCACAAACCUAGUACAAAUGCUAGCACAGCUGCUCGAACAAGAGCCCAAUAAUCCUGGUGCUGCCCAGCUGCAUGACUGGUUCUCACGCGCUACAAAAGGUAAAUUCUACGGACACGAAGGCAUGGAAGCAGGCGAACACAAACCCCGUUACCCACGAGACGAUGACCCGCAAGAUGAAGAAAAGGAGGGUCAGGACCCUGAACAGGACAGCUUCGGACACGAAGAUCAGCAUCCCGGGCACGAUUUCAAUGGGGCAUAUGGACAAGAUCACGGCGACGACGGACAAGGUUACGGCGACGACGGGGAGGGUUAUGGUGAUGAUGAAGAAGGUGGUUACGGUGACGAUGGAGAAGACGGUAAACCCUCUCAUGGUCAUUCUCAAGGCCGCGGCCCUUAUGGUGUAGGGUAUAGAGGACCUUCUCAUGCUGACCAUCACAAAGGUGAAUAUGGCGAUGGUGGUGAGUACGGCGAGGAUGGGCAAUAUGGUGGAGACGACGGGCAGUACGGUGAGCAUGGUCAACAUACGCACGGCCAGCAACACUCAUACCACCAAGGUGGCGACGACAAUGAGUAUGACGACCGCAGCCAGCACUAUGGUCACCAGCAACACGGUCAUGACGGUGGACAGGACCAGUAUGGAGGCGAUGAUCAAUACUAGUGGUGAUAAUGACGGGUUUCUUUGGUUUAUACCACAGGUCCUGGUGCGCGAGGUAACAUCA